AUGUCUGAUGGUGAUGCUGCUAGCCACACUCCACCAAACCCCGAUGAUGGAGAAAACAAUCCCGAUCCCAACUUGAAUGAGGAUGAUACACCCUUGUCUCCCCGUGGUGAACGAUUAAUGAAACGACUCUUGACAUUCGUUCAACAAACCUUUGAACAUGGCGGCGCUACUGAAUUCACCGGACUCUCUGAUCCAGUAACCACAGUACAAUGGAUCCAAAACACCGAAAAGGUAUUCCGGAUUUCUCGAGUGUUAAACGAGGAUAAAGUGAAUUUUGCCAGUGCAAUGUUGACAAAACGUGCACUCACUUGGUGGGAUGCAACUUUUGAAUCCCUUACUAAAGAUGAACGAAAAAGCUUGACUUGGAAGUCUUUCAAGACUCGUUUCUUUGAGCAAUUCUGCCAGAUCGACUUGCAACGGAGGCUUGAGAAAGAAUUCUUAGAACUCAAGCAAGGGAACAUGUCUGUGAUUGAGUAUGAGACUCAAUUUAACCGAAAGGCACGUUUUGCUUUACGGUUCUUAUCUUCCGAACACGAACGAAUCGAACAUUUUGUCAAUGGUUUGAGGCGAGAAAUCCGCGAGUUUGUUGCUAAUCGCGAUAUUCCAAGUUUCAAUAAAGCUGUGGAGUACGCUCGUCGUCGUGAACACGAUUUAACUAUAAUUGAUGAACCAAAUUUCGAAAAGGCAACGAAAUGA